UGUUGCGCGCGCGUUUCAGUCGUCGUUUAUCGGUCAGGCCGGUAAAGUGUGGUGGUCCGCUGGAGAGUGCGAUGCGAACCUAGUCGCCACCCCAGUAUCCCGUAAAGAGCGUUGUACAGUGCAUUACGAGUAUUAUUACGGCCUGUUCUUCUUUACAAGUGUGAAGAUCCGUUCCAGUUUAAACGAGUAUCCUCUCAAACACGAACGCUAAGAGAUAGAAAAAGGAGAGAGAGAAGUGAAAUAUGGCUGAGAAAAUGUACUACCCCAAUUCGGAGCUCGUAAGGGAGGCGCACUGCAGUAGCAUGGAACAGUACAAGUGGAUGCAUGAAAAAUCUAUAAAGGAGCCGGCACAGUUCUGGGGUGAAAUCGCCAAGCAAUUUUAUUGGGAAACGCCAGCGACAGAAGACAAGUUUUUCUCGUAUAAUUUCGAUCUAAGCAAAGGUGACAUUUUCAUCAAAUGGAUGGAAGGAGCGUCAACAAAUAUAAGUUUCAAUCUACUCGAUAAGAACGUAAAAAGCGGAAAUGGCGAUAAAAUUGCGUUUUACUGGGAAGGAAACGAUCCAGAAGAUUAUUCACGACUGACAUAUAGAAAGUUACUUGAGGAAACGUGCAGGUUUGCGAAUGUUCUCAAGUCGAAGGGUGUCUCCAUGGGGGAUAAAGUGGUGAUUUACAUGCCGAUGAUUUUGGAGCUACCAAUCGCUAUGCUGGCUUGCACGAGGAUAGGAGCGAUUCACAGCGUGGUGUUUGCAGGCUAUUCGUCCGAUUCGUUAGCAGAACGGAUCCUCGAUUCUAAGGCUAAAGUUCUCAUCACUACAGAUGGGGUGUGGCGAGGCGAGAAAUUACUUCUGUUGAAAAAUAUCUGCGACGAAGCUGCAGAGAAGGUCAAGAAGCAUGGCCAUCGACUUGAGAGCUGCAUCGUCGUUGCACAUUUGAGAAGACUCAACAAUCCUCAGGGUAAGACGAAGGGAAUGAACGGCACUAGCAACGGUACAAGCAUGGAUAUGGCUAAUAUUUCUUGGGACGACGAUCGAGAUGUUUGGUGGCAUGAUGAGAUGGAGGAUUCGGAACCGAGCUGUUAUCCAGUUUGGAUGGCCGCUGAGGACCCACUUUUUAUUCUUUAUACUAGUGGCUCUACGGGAAAACCGAAGGGUGUUCUCCAUACGACUGCGGGAUAUUUAAUCUACGCGGCAACAACUUUCAAAUAUGUUUUCGAUUAUCAUCCAGGUGAUGUUUAUUGGUGCACCGCCGAUUGUGGCUGGAUCACAGGACAUACUUACGUCGUUUAUGGUCCUUUGGCGAAUGGCGCAACAUCCGUUAUAUUUGAGGGCACACCUUUCUAUCCAGAGAAUGAUCGAUACUGGUCCAUCAUUGAUAAAUACAAAGUCACGCAAUUUUAUACGGCGCCAACGGCUAUUAGGUCACUAAUGAAAUUUGGCGACGAUCUUGUAAAGAAGCAUAAUUUAUCCACGCUUAAAGUCCUCGGUUCAGUCGGUGAACCGAUCAAUACUGAAGCUUGGCUCUGGUUUUAUAAUCUCGUUGGCCAUGGCAAGUGUAGCAUAGCAGAUACUUUCUGGCAAACGGAAACUGGUGGACAUGUAAUUACACCGCUACCAGGUGCCACACCGAUGAAGCCAGGCUCUGCGGCAUUUCCUUUCUUCGGGGUUUUGCCGGAACUUCUUGACGAAGAUGGUCGUGUAAUAGAGGGCGAAGGAGAGGGAUACCUCGUCUUUCGUCGACCCUGGCCGGGUAUGAUGCGGACUCUUUAUGGAAAUCAUCAACGUUUUCAAAAUACAUACUUUGAUCGAUUUAAUGGAUUUUAUUGUACGGGAGAUGGAGCAAGACGUGAUGCAGAUGGAUAUUUAUGGGUAACUGGCCGUAUUGAUGACAUGUUGAAUGUUUCCGGUCAUUUAAUGUCAACAGCUGAAGUGGAAAGUGUAUUGGCGGAACAUUCCUCGGUAACUGAGGCUGCAGUAGUCAGCAAAUCGCAUCCUGUUAAAGGUCAAUGUCUAUAUUGUUUUAUCACUCCAACUGCAGGAAUGACAUUUGACGAAAAAUUGCAAGUCGAACUGAAAAAGAAAGUACGCGAAAGGAUUGGCCCGUUUGCUCAACCGGAUGUCAUUCAACAUGCUCCGGCUCUACCGAAAACAAGAUCCGGCAAGAUCAUGAGACGUAUGUUGAGAAAAAUCGCAGCAGGCGAUAGGAACAUCGGAGACACAUCAACAUUAGCCGACGAAACUGUUAUUCAACUUUUAUUUGAAUUAAGGCCAUGCGUUUAAAAUAUGUUUCUUUUACUUCAUAGGAAAAUGAAAGUAUCUCAAGAGAACUUUUCACAUCGAUUGAUUGGUAAAUGUCUGAAACAUGUUGCACAAGUUUCAAAUGAUUAAUUUUAUAAAGAUAAAAGCAAUAUUGCACGUUAUAGCUGAUAUAUGUAUUUGCAAAAUAUCAUAGACAUAUACUUUUAAAAUUUUAUCGUAUUUAGUCAUUAACGUGACAAUUUUGAACGUACAAAAUGUAUAAAACGAUAUUGUCUUUUCGUCAAUCGAAUCGGCUUGAUAUCGUCAUUCAAGAUUUUAAAGUGAGUCAAAAUGAAAGUUGUUCUUUGGAUAUGUCUUUAUUUUAUUUUUCACAGUUCCUCUCUAAUAGAUCAAAAGAGACAUAUCGAAGGAAUAGAUUGUUGAUAUAAUUAAAUUAUUAGUCGUUCUUUCUCCUCAAGGAGUUGUUGCGACUGCGAUACAUAUCUUAUAAAAAAGCAUCGCCAAGAAGUAGCCUAAGUGUCCUUUUGUUAAGUCCAAAGUUAAGUUUCAAAUUAAUCGAAAGACAGAAAACGCUCAAUAUAAGUAUAUUAUAAUAAACAACACGAUAGUAAAAAGCUGGUUGCACAAUUACUAAUAAUUAUUAUUUAAUAGACGAAUGUAGUUGAGCGAUAAAUAUGCGUUAUUACUGAUGCAUCAUUAUGCGAGAAGGAAAUUUUGUUUUCUACUAUUUGACGUGUAUAUAUUAUAUGUAUAUGUUGAAAUUGUUUAUGUACGCAUAUACACAGGGUAGCUCUCUGUCAUUUUUACUGUGUUUCGUUUUAAUGACAUAUUCUUUGAUAAGCUUGAAACAAAUAUAAUUAGCUUCUUUUUAACUGUUUAAUGAAUACGCGAUAAAAAAAACGAUAUACUGAUAUAUGUACUUAUGAAUGAAAGUUGCCUCAUACUCCUUUCGGAGUUAUGUCACAUACAUAUCAUUCCUUGUGGAACAAAUAACUUUAGGUGUGAUAAUAAGUGUACAUGUAUUGUAUUGUAUGUAGAUAUAAAACACAAGUGUAAAACAGAGAUAUGUGGCCAUACAACUACACAAUUAUAUGUGUAUAUGUACGUGAGUAUACAUACAUGUAUAUACAUACAUAUAUACAUAUAUAUAUAAUAUAUAUCUUUUGUGUAUACCUCAUAAUUACAAAAUUGUUCUGUUAAA